GGCGGCGCGGCCAAUCAGCGCUGCCCUCGGAGGUAUUCAAAUCGGCGGCGGGGCGGACGGUUGUCUGCCGGCUGGCGGUCGGUGCGGCGGCUUCUAGGCCGUGAGCUUUCCCUUCCGCAGCCAUGGACCGCCGCCGGCGCUGACAGACCCAUGGAGAGUCGCAGUGUGCCUCCCGGGCCGUAUCGGGCCACCAAGCUGUGGAAUGAAGUCACCACAUCUUUUCGAGCUGGAAUGCCUCUAAGAAAACAUAGGCAACACUUCAAAAAAUAUGGCAAUUGUUUCACAGCAGGAGAAGCAGUGGAUUGGCUUUAUGAACUAUUAAGAAAUAAUAACAAUUUUGGUCCUGAAGUUACAAGGCAACAGACUAUCCAACUAUUGAGAAAAUUUCUUAAGAAUCAUGUAAUUGAAGAUAUCAAAGGCAGAUGGGGAUCAGAAAAUCUUGAUGACAACAAUCAGCUAUUCAGGUUUCCUGCAACUUCUCCACUUAAAACUCUUCCACGGAGGCAUCCUGAAUUGAGAAAAAACAGCAUAGAGUACUUCCCCAGAGAUAAAGAUACAAUUUUUAAAUUACGAAACUUACCCCGCAGGACUCCAAAAAGGCAGGGAUUACAUUUUUCUCAGGAAAAUACAGAAAAAAUAAAGCAUGAAAUAAUCAAUGAAGAUCAAGAAAACUCAAUUAAUAAUAGAAAAAUAAGCCAAGAAGAUGUUGAAGAAGUUUGGAGAUAUAUUAUUCUGAUCUAUCUGCAAACGAUUUUAGGCUUGCCAUCCCUAGAAGAAGUCAUAAAUCCAAAGCAAGUAAUUCCUCAAUAUGUAAUGUACAAUAUGGCCAAUACAAGUAAGCAUGGAGUAGUUAUACUACAAGACAAAUCAGAUGACCUUCCUCAUUGGGUAUUAUCUGCCAUGAAGUGCCUAGCCAAUUGGCCAAGAAGUAAUGAUAUGAGUAAUCCAACUUAUGUUGGAUUUGAACGAGAUGUAUUCAGAACAAUUGCAGAUUAUUUUCUAGAUCUUCCUGAACCUCUACUUACAUUUGAAUAUUAUGAGUUAUUUGUAAACAUUUUGGCUGUUUGUGGCUACGUCACAGUUUCAGAUAGACCCAGUGGGAUACAUAAAAAACAAGAUGAUCCACAGUCUUCAAAAAUUCAUCACAUAAACAAUUUGAAUAACUUCAAAUCAACUGAGUGUCUUCUUCUCAGUCUGCUUCAUAAAGACAAAAACAAAGAAGAAUCAGAUUCUACUGAGAGACUGCCAAUAAGUGAUCAAGGAUUUCAAGAAAGAUGUGCUAAGAAAAUGCAGCUAGUUAAUUUAAGAAACAGAAGAGCCAGUGUUAAUGACACAGUAGGAGGAAGUUGUCAUAAUUUAGUAGGUUUAAGUAGCAUGCAUGAUCUCUCCACUAACAUCAAACCAAGGUGCUAUUCUAUGGACAGAAUUAUAGAUUUGCCAGGGAAUUCAAUUAAAGAGGCAUCCAGUGUCUUCUAUCAGUCUGUUCUGAACAUUGAAGGACAAAAUGAUACACAGUUUUUAGAGUCUAACCCCAAACAGGAAUCCCUGCUGAAUCUUCAAUCAGAGGAAAGCAUUCAAAAGGCACUCUGUGUUGGUUUCAAAAGAACCUCUGCUUUGACUGUUCAAGACCAAGAGGAAUUAUGUAAUGGGAAAUGCAAGUCAAAACAGCUUUGUAGAUCUCAGAGUUUGCUUUUAAGAAGUAGUACAAGACGGAAUAGUUGUAUCAAUACACCAGUAGCUGAAAUUAUCAUGAAACCAAGUCUUGGACAAAACAGCACAAAUGUACAAACAGCUAUGAAAAGUGAACUCCAAGAGUCUAGUAUCACAAUCAAUAAAAGACUCUGCAAAAGUACUAUAGAACUUUCAGGAAAUUCUUUACCUCCAUCUUCUUCUAUGUUGACUGGCACACAAAGUUUACUGCAACCUCAUUUAGAGAGGGUGGCCAUCAGUGCACUACAGUUAUGUUGUUUGUUACUUCCCCCACCAAAUCGGAGGAAACUUCAACUUUUAAUGCGCAUGGUUUCCAGAAUGAGUCAAAAUGUUGACAUGCCCAAACUUCAUGAUGCAAUGGGUACAAGAUCAUUGAUGAUACAUACAUUUUCACGGUGUGUGCUCUGCUGUGCUGAAGAAGUGGAUCUUGAUGAACUUCUUGCUGCAAGAUUAGUUUCUUUCUUAAUGGAUCAUCAUCAGGAAAUUCUUCAAGUACCGUCUUACUUACAGACUGCAGUGGAGAAACAUCUUGACUACUUAAAAAAGGGCCAUAUUAAAAAUCCUGGAGAUGUACUAGUUGCUCCUUUGCCAACUUAUUCUUACUGUAAGCAGAUUAGUACUCAGGAAUUUGAUGAACAAAAAGUUUCUACCUCUCAAGCUGCAAUUGCAGAACUUUUAGAGAAUAUUAUUAAAGACAAAAGUUUACCUCUGAAGGAGAAAAGGAAAAAACUAAAACAAUUUCAGAAGGAAUAUCCCAUAAUAUAUCAGAAGAGAUUUCCAACCACAGAGAGUGAAGCAGCACUGUUUGGUGACAAACCUACAAUCAAGCAACCAAUGCUGAUUUUAAGAAAACCAAAGCUUCGUAGUCUAAGAUACUAACUGAAAUAAAAAUUAUCCAAUACUUGUGGAACUUUGAUAAAUGAAGCCAUAUCUGAGACUCUAUUACAAAGGAAGCCUGGUAUUAAAAAGCUAUCCCUAAAUAAAUACAUUCUGUGACAAGGCCAGGAUAGUUGUUGAUCAGUGUGAGACUUCUGAGAAGCUAGCAGAUCUAAACUGAGAGAACAUAACACUAAGUGAUACCAAAUAUUUUGACCAGAAAUGUUCAUCAAGAAUAAGCAGCAAUUUUGUUUUUAAAGGAGAACUUACAUGUACACAUGCUGAUGGAUAUUAGCUAACAAACCAGUUGUUUAGAGUUGCUUCUUUAUAUUUGUACCUGUAAGAACGUGACAAAUAUCUGAAAGUUCAAUGAAUUCUCAACUAUAAAUGUUGCAGUCUCACACACUCUUUCUAGUUUUGCUAUAUUUAUGUGUGCGUAUGCCUAAAAUAUGUCUAAAUGUUUUGUAUUGCCUUUAGCAUUCUCCAGCUACUUUGUUCAUAAUUUACUAGAAAUUAGAGGAUAAAAUAAGUAAGGCAAUCAUGUGUUCAGUUCAAAAAAUUUUUAUUUAUCAGUGCUAUGUGCCUUUCAUUGUUCCAGAUAUGUGAAGACAAUGAAGCAUAUGAAUCUCUUAAGAUAUUUAUUUUCUAAUCAAGGGAUAUACCUAGCAGCUUAAAAUAACAGUACACUUACUAAAAUGAGGGUAUGAGGAAUCCUUCAGUAAAGACUGACAUCUAUGAUUAUGAAACAGUUCUGUAAGCUAAUGGAUCUCAAAGUAGUGUACCUGGGAGAAUUUUAUAUGCUCAGGAACUACCUUAUGCCAAUUAAAUGUGAAUUUUAGGAGUAUUAACUGGGUAUUGGUACUUUACUAAAGCUGUAGGUGACUCCAGUAUUCAACCAGCUUUGAGAAUCAGUGUCCUAAGAAAAUGUAAAGAUAAUGGCAUACCAACUAUUUUUCCAUUGAAAGAAAGUGCCAAGUAGUAUGCAGACCUUUUUUUUUUUUUUUUUUGACAAAGUGGACAGAGAGAGAGAGAAAGGUCUUCCUUUGCCGUUGGUUCACCCUCCAAUGGCCGCCACGGCCGGCGCACUGCGGCCGACGCACCUCACUGAUCCGAAGCCAGGAGCCAGGUACUUCUCCUGGUCUCCCAUGGGGUGCAGGGCCCAAGGACCUGGGCCAUCCUCCAUUGCACUCCUGGGUCAUAGCAGAGAGCUGGCCUGGAAGAGGGGCAACCGGGACAGAAUCGGGCACCCCAGCUGGGACUAGAACCCGGUGUGCCAGCACCACAGGCGGAGGAUUAGCCAAGUGAGCCACAGCGCCGGCCAGACCUCUCUUCUUAACACAAUAUUCCUCAGUUUCCUACUUGGAAGAAAAAUUUGCUUGAUGUUUGUACUAUUUUCACAAAUUUUCUUUUACUUUUUACUCUAAGAUUGUUAUAAAAUGUAUAUCUUAAGUUAUAAAGAAAUAUAUAAUAUCUACAAUGUAAUAGUUAAUUUUUAAUACUAUUCUAAUUUCUCAUUGUAAUUUCAUACCAUUGAUUUGUAGAAUAAUAAUAUUCCAUUUAUUAUUUUGCAUAAAAAGUAUGCACAAAGUGAUAAAUGUUACAUUUAGCUCAGAAGGUUUGUCUAUAAAAUUUUUGUACCAAAUUAGAAUUGUUUCCAAUGUUUGUAUAUUAAAACUUUGCCUGUUUAAAGAUUUGUGAUAAUAUAAAUCAGGUUGGAAAUUGAGAUAAAAAUAAUUGUGGUUUAUAACAAUUUAA